ACAAAAGGUUGUGUUGGCAAAGUAAUUUUAAAAAUAUUUUUUAAUAAGUUUAUUUAAAUGUAAUGUCAUUCGUUUUUUUCAACAAAUUUACAUACAACGAGGAAAAAUGUCGAAUUGGUUAAAUCUUAACGAGAGCUUGAGCAAUUUAAAAGGCCAAAUAUCGAAUUUUGCCAACAAUGUUUUGGCUGAAUCUGAGGAAGGAGUACAGUCGCCAAAUGAGGAAUACGAAAGUUUAAAAAGGAUCUGUGCUGAAAAAGAUCACCAAAUAGAAAAUUUAAAGAAAAUUAAUAGUGAAUUGCAGAAAUCAUCACAGGUAAACGGUUCACACAAUGACGAAUCAAACUGGGAAUGGGUCCCGCCAGAAGAAACGACACCCAAAGAAACUGUUUCCGACCUGAAACGCCUCAUCAGAGAUUUAGAAAACGAAAAAGACGAUCUCAGUACGCAAUUGGAACAACUAGAUGCAGAAAACCAACAAAACAUAGCUGAACUAGUCAGUAUCAGAGAAAAAUUGCAAGAAGAAAAUCUUAGUUUGAAGGAAAAAUGCGACAAAUUGAAACAUCAACUCAAAACCACUAUUACCAGCGAGAAAAAGCUACAGAAACAACUUCAAGACCUCCAGUCUGUUUCAAAAGAUCAUACAAACCAAGUGCCAUCUCUUAACGAUAAGAAAAAAAGCGAAUUACUAGUAGAACUAGAAGAAAAGACUAAAGAACUGAGCGUCUUGAAAAGUACACAUGACACUCUUGAAAAAACACUUGAGGAAUUCAAAACUAACCUCAAAGACUAUCAAUCCAAGUUGGCGUUGAGUGAAGCUGAGAAUAAAGUAAUUUACGCAGAAUUACAACAAGCCAAAGAGCAAGUAAGACUGUGCGAGCUUAAAAGUCAAGAGGACACAGAGAACUGUCAAAAACUCGCAUUUAUUUUGGAAAGCUACGAAAAGCAAGUGACAGCUCUUAAGGAAGAACUAGACGAUGUUAAAAACCAGAGCAAAAAUAAUGUAAACCGUGAAAAAGAUGUCACAGAAUUAGAGAAUAAUCUUUCAAAAGCUAUUGAGGAACUUGAUCAAGCUCGUAAAGAGCUGGAACUAACCAAACAGGAACAUCAAGAAGCUAGAAACCAAGUAGAUGGGUUGCGCGAAAGAUUACAAUCUGUAAAUGAAGAGAAUAAAGUAUUACAAUGUAAAAAUGACGAACUAAUUACUUCUAAAAACGAGAAAAAUAGCCAAGUUCAUGAAGAAGACAUCAAAGAAUUUGAAAUUAACCUUAAAAAGGCGCUCGAAGAUCUUAGUCGAACUCAAAAUGAAUUAGAACUAACGAAACAAGAACACCAAACAGCCAGAACUCAAGUAGAUGAGUUACUUGAAAGAUUACAAGCUCUAAGUGAAGAAAACAAAUCAUUACAAUGGAAACAGGUAGAACUUGAUGCUGUUACAAACCAAAACAAAAAUAACCAAGAACUUCAUGAAAACAACACCAAAGAAUUAGAAGGUAACCUUAAAAAAGCACUAGAGGAUCUUGAUAGAACCCAAAAGGAACUGGAACUAACCAAACGAGAGCAUCAGAAAGCUAGGAUUCAAUUAAAUCAAAGUUUACAGGCCCUGAGCGAAGAGAACAAGACACUUCACUGCAAGAAGGACGAUAUGCAUCGGUCCUAUAUCAAUAUCAUCACGGACAACGUCAAACGCUUCAUGGAUUCCGGAGUUGUCAGCCCUGACCCUUCGGAAGACCCUCAAAUUCUGGAAUUUAGCAAACAGGUCGAAAGCAUAUUCAAAAUCUUGCUGGAAUUCAAAGAAAAGUGCCAGCAGCUCGAAAGGCAAGUCCUGGAAUCGUCCCAGGAAAAAUCGGAAAUACUGAACGAAAAAAAUACUGAAAUAGAAAAACUUAUGCAGAAUUCCGAAGUGCUUAGUCAAGAAAUCAUUGAGAAAAGUAACACAAUUAAAGAGCUUGAGAUUGAAAUCACGAAUUUGGUGGUUAGUGAUGAUGAAUUGAUACAAGAAUUCGAAGCGAAAAACCAGUCAAGGAUGGGCCUAGAAACUAUACCAGAAUCGAAUGAGGAUAAUAUGGUUCUUCUUGAAACCGCUCUGGAGAAUGCCAACGAAAAAAUCAAAGAACUGGAGAAGAAAGUCGAACAUGAGACUAAAUCAGUUGAAGAACAAGAAUCGUUUGAGUCCGACCCUGAAGUAAACGACUACAAAGCUUUACUAAACAAUUUCGAUAGUCUUAAAAUAGAUUAUGACCUGAUUUCGAAAGAACUAACUAACACCAAAUCCAGACUCGAUGAAGUCGAAGACGAAAACGAGAAUAUAAAGUCUCAACUGGACAGAAAUAAAUCUGAUUUCGAAAAUGUAGAUUACCAACUCUCAGAAGCUAACUUCACCAUAGACAACCUACGCGAAGAGAUUGAGACCAUCGAACUAAAAAUGAACACCCUAGCUAAAGAGUAUGCCCAAACGAAGAUACAGGCUAUGAACAGUGUAGAUUUAAAAACAGAGCUAAACGAAGUCAGGGAGAAGUAUCUCAGCGAGGAGAAUACAAGACGAAACUUGGAAAAUCAAGUAAAGAACUUGACAGAGAAAUUACAGAACUCCAAAAUGGUAGAGACCUCAUUUAAGUUGCAAUGUGAUACUUUGAGCAAAGAAAACUUAGCUCUGACUGAAGCCAGAAAUAAUUUAGAAAGUUCUUUGGCAAAUAUUAAGACGACUUUGGCGGAUUAUGAGAAAAGCUAUACAGAGCUCCUUCAAAAAUACGAUGAAAUUCUUAUUAAAUGUGAGGGAUUGAGUACCCAGCUUCACGAAAAGGACAGUGAAAUUUUGAAGCUCAAUAACGCUUUGUUGGAGAUAAAAGAUCAAAAAGAAAAUGAGGCAGAAACAGGGGAUUUAGCUAGGAAGCUUGAAGAACGGCUCAGGAAUAAAGAACAAGAAAUAAUACAGCUUCGAGAUCAGUUUAAGGAAUUUAUAUCAAAACAGGAAGAGGUAGAUAAGCAAUUGAAGAAUGACAGUGAUAAAAAUGAAGGUUUAGUAGCGAGGUAUCAGGAAGAAAUUCGGAAUUUGAGGGAGGAAUUGAGAAAAUUACUUGAAUCCGGUGAUAAAAAUGAAGUUUUUAAUCAACAAAUAGUCGGUCUUCAAGCAGCCUUAGACGAAAGCAAGAAAACUGUACAAGCUUUACAACUUCAAAUUCAAGACCUAAAUAAUUCACGUAACGAAUUAAUAAAUAUGGUAACAGUUAAACACCAGGAAAGCCUUACUUACCAUAACGAAAUUCAGCGACUAUCCGAAGUAUUGAAAGGUGAAACUGAAAAAUCUUUGAGAAUGGAAGCCCAGCUAGUUCAAGCGAGUAGUUCUAGCGAGGCCAUAGCAAAGAAAGACGAAGAAAUCGACAAACUAAACGAUGAAAUCAACUUCCUGAAAGAAAAAUGCGACAUCUUGACCAAAAACCUUCUCGAAGAACAAUCCUCGAAGUCCGGACCCAGUGAUAAAGAAGUAUCUCUUUUUAAACAACUGGAAAGGCUUCAGUCUCAUCUGAUGGAAGUCGAGGAACAUUACACCCAAGAACUACUGCAAGUUGAGCAGAAAAACUCUGAUCUACAGGCUAAACUUGCUGAUUUAGAACAGAGGGAGAAGAAUUCGAGCAACUUGUAUACUUCGGUGAGUAUCAGGGCCAAUCAGCAGGCUGAAGUGUUGCAGAAACAGUUGCAAAUGGUAACCAAUCAGAGAGAUGAGUUGAGGAAGAAGAUAUCGGAUGCUGAAGAUGCCAAUAGUAAACAGGCGGUGGCUUUGACCAAUUUGCAGUUCGUGUUAGAGCAGUUCCAGAAAGAUCGAGAAAAGGAUGUGAUCAAAGAGACUGAGAGAAUAAGAAGGCAGAUAAACACAGAAAAACAAGUACAGGAAGAAUUGAAAAAGGAAAUCGAAAAUCUGAAGAGACAACUUGACGAAAGCAGACAAGGGCUUCAGGCUGCGUCUAGGUUAUCGGACCAAUUGGAAAUGGUGAAAAAACAAAACUCUGGGCUAAAAGAUGAAGUGUCCCAACUCCAACAAAAACUGAACAAGAGCCAGCAAGAAAUACAAAACCUAACCAGCCAAACCGAUGGCAAGGUCGAAAAAGGAUUAAUCAAAAACCUCGUAGUGGGCUUCCUGUCGUCGGGCAACACCAACUGGACCAAAGACCAAACGCAAGUACUGAAAAUAAUCGCAACAGUACUGGAUUUCAACCAGCAGGACCACGACAAGGUGAAAUUAAACAAAUCCCAACAACAGGGUUCUUGGUUGGGUUCAAUUUUAUCACCGCACGCUCAAGGCCAGAAUAUGUCACAAGAAUCGUUAUCACAGGCCUUUGUGAAGUUUCUGGAGAACGAAUCAAAGCCUAGGAUUGUUCCGAAUUUGUUGGACAGUAGUAUGGUCAAGCCUACAGCUAGUGAAGAGGAAAGUAGUAAAAAACAGACUCCUAUUGUUUUAAACGAGAUAGUAUUGCCGACCUUUGCCGAUUUUGGGCAGUCAAGGAAUUCCAGUUCUAUAUUGAAAGAUGUUUUAAAAGAUAAUAACAAUACAUAGUUUAUUUGCAGUCAAAUUAAUAAUAUUCUUAAUAUAUUUACUUUGAAAACGCGUUAUGUGUAUUUAAAACAUGUUUCAGAAGACCCAUAUGCAUUGAAAUUACGUCAAAGAAUGAAGAGAACCAAUCAGUUGUAAUUUUACAAUUUAUGCAACUAAUAUUACAUCGUUUCGUCGAGAUUUUUUCUCUUAUUUUUAGGUUGGCCAUACACAGAAAGAAAAAACUGUUUUAAAAAACUGUAUUUGCUUAAUUAUAAUUGAUAUAAGGUUGAAAAUGUGAAAUAGAAUAAAUCUAGGAUUUGACUUCAAAAAUUUAAUAGCAAAAAACAGUUAUUUAAAAGAAAUUAUCCAACACCAGAUAUUAACAAAUCAGGAAAUUAAGAUCAAGUGUCAAAAUAUACUUUAAAAUAUUUUAGAGAAUGUUUAUAUAAUUCUUUGUUGAUACCAAGAACAAAUAUGCCUUAAAUAUAGGCUCUAAAUGAGGAAUACAUAAGGGCUAUAUUAGAGAUCAAUUUCUUUAGGACCCAAUGUUUUGUUGGUUGUAUAUUCUGCAAAAUCACACUAAGAGGUUCUAUUUUAAACUUUUUCUUUCCGCUUGACAAAGUGAAUUGUUAAUAAAUUCUUUAUCUGAUAAAAAUCUACUAAAUAUGAAAAUUGUCAAUAAUUUCACAAACAUAAUUGUGAUUUUGGAUCAAAUCAAUGUUACUGUUAUGUGAAUGCAUUUAUUAAAAUUAUGGACUAAAAAUACAGGUUUUUAGAGAUUAUUAUAAUAUGGAGUGUUAAAUCAUUAAGUCAAAAUUAAUUGACACAGAUUUAGUUUGUAGAAUAUUACAUGUAAUAAAA